CAAGUCAUAGCAGCAGCAUGCCUUUUCUCUCUCCCCGAUUAAAAAAGUUAAUUCUUUACACUAUUUUGAUGAGAGAACUAGUGAUGUCUCUUUCACUUUCUUAGCCUUUCAUGUAACUCUCAACCUUUUAUAUUCUGUUGCUUUGUUCUCUGUUGGCCACUUUCUCAGGGCUCUGUAGGCACGGUUCCUAUCUCUUACUGCUUUAGCACAUGCUUUAUUCCAACACAGUUGCACUGUAAUUAAAGCCCCUCUAAAAAGUUAAACUGAAGAAAAUGACACAUAGUGGGAGGGAUCUUUCCAAUGUCCCUGCACUGGAAGAGUUUCCUGACUUGUUGGGCCUGUCUACUUCCUCAACAUUCUCUGGAGCUAUACAACAGUGAGCUCUGAGACUAUACAUCUCAGCACAUAUUCACCCCAUCAGCAGCAGACAGACAGUGUGGCGUUAUCAAAGAGGGGAGAAUGGAGCACAGACUGAAUGGAGAGCACAUACCUCUGGAUAAACUGGGCGACAUAGAGGCCCACACAUCCCCCUCUAGAAACGGCCCCAUGAACUUGAAUCACUACGCCACUAAGAAGAGUGCGGCUCAGAGCAUGCUGGACGUUGCCCUGCUGAUGGCCAACUCGUUUCAGCUGAAGACCGUUCUCUCUGUGGGGCCUCAUUACCGUUUCUACAUCCCCCUCCUCGUCCUGCUGUCUCUGUCCAUCACUUUACAGGUCUUGGUGGGGCUGCUGCUCGUCUUUAUUGUGAAGUAUGAUCUGAACGACGACAGUAAACACGCCAAGUUGAACUGGAUGAACAACGUAGAGACAGUGCUUGUCUUCUUCACUGUCCUCAUCAACAUCUUCAUCACAGCGCUUGGAUAUGAGGAAAAUGCUGUCAGGUCAUCAGGGUCACCAGUGAUGUCAGAGCCUCCGCUUUCCCUUCUGCCCACCGACCUGAACAUGACUGUUGGCAUUUAGACUGUCUUUGGACCAAAAUAAGACUUUCUUUGUUCACCUUUUAUCUCAACCGCCCUCUUUUGUUAUACUCUUAAACGAGCUGGGCAUAACAAGUGGGGGAUCAUCUAAUUGUGAACCGGAAAUGUCUAAAUUUUAGGUUAGUAAUAGAUAUUGGGAGGCCACAGAUUGACAACUGAAAAAAAAGAGUACAUUACCACUGCCUCAUCUUCCUUCGAGUACAUGGCAUUGUAAA